AUGCAGCGGAACGUGCAAACCGUGCGCCGGAUUAACGUGCUGAAGCGAAUCUUGGCCCAUGGUCACAAAGAAAGCGGCAGUGUCAGCCUCCGGCACAUUUCAACCACUGGUGGCACCAUCGAGAUAGGCGACGUGGAGAAAGAAAUCGAAGCACCACGCCAUCCGGAACUAGUGCCAACCGGCUAUGUUCCCGGUGCAAGCGAAUCUCCGGAGCUAUCGCAAACCAGGCUCCAUCAUCUGCGGUGGAUGCUGCAGAAGGACAAACUAGACCAAGACAUGAUGCUGUUGGGGCGACCGGGACGAUUACGCCGGGAGCUCGUAAUGCAGUACGCAGAGCUGACACGCCGUGAGGUCGAGUAUAUGUUCCUGAACCGCGACACGACCGAGAGCGACUUGAAACAGCGGCGCGAAAUUCGCGACGGCACAGCCACUUACCACAACCAGAGCGCAGUCCGGGCCGCAACCGAGGGCCGGUUGCUGGUGAUCGAAGGCGUGGAAAAGGUGGAACGGAACGUGUUGCCGAUUCUGAACAAUCUCCUCGAGAACCGUGAAAUGCAUCUCGAAGAUGGGCGAUUCAUGAUAUCGGCGAAAAACUACGACAAUCUACUCCUGCGUUAUGGCCACGAGCAGCUUGAUCGAUGGGGAUUGGUGCGGGUAGCGGAGGAGUUCCGUGUCAUCGCCGUCGGUUUACCGGUUCCUCGCUAUCGUGGAUCACCCCUCGAUCCGCCGCUUCGAUCGCGCUUUCAAGCUCGCGACGUUCCCGACCUGCCGUACGUGGAGGUGCUGCUGGAGGCGAAAGAGUUGGCCGCCGCUUCAGGCCCCCCUUCCGACGUGCUCACACGUCUCGUUUCGUUCGGGUACGCCGUUCGCACCGCCGCCGCUACCGUCCCGUUACCGGACUUUCCGCUCGACAACCUACGGUACGCCGGGCUGCUGUUGCGUCAAAACCCUUCGCUAACGGUACACGAGCUGCUAGACCGAUUCUAUCCGUACCGGAUAUUUCUUGAGCGCGACGGAGAAGCGCUCGUGGCCAGUCUAUUCGAUUCGCUUGCCAUCGGACGGGAAGCUCCCUACGUACUCAACGUUGCCUCCAUUGAGCGCUCGCAAACGGAUUCUAGCCAACUGGCUAUUUGUCUUCGUUCGGCAUCGGAUGUCGUCACUGCACCGUCGAUUGAAUUCACAAUUGCUGGUGGCCCCAAUCCCUCGCCUAACAGUAACACCCAACCCGGCGCGACAAGGGAUCGGUUCGUCCCGACUGCCUAUCAGGCCGGACUACUAGCAGACCUCCUGCAAUCGGUAGCCGUUGCCGACAUAUGUCUUGUGGGCAGGAAAGGGUGCGGCAAGUCGACACUAGCACGACAAAUGUGUGCCGCACUGGAUGGCCAACCGGCGGAAACGAUGAUUCUGUACCGGGACCUAACGGCGCGCGAUCUCCUGCAGCGGCGUACGACGCUCCACAAUGGUGACACCGUGUGGCAGGAUUCUCCGCUCCUCAAGGCCGCCCUUGCCGGCCACAUUCUCAUCCUGGACGGCAUCCAUCGACUGCACCACAGCACACUGGCCAUCCUACAUCGGCUGAUACAUGAUCGCGAGAUGCAACUUUACGAUGGGCGACGCUUACUGCAGCACGCGCGCUACGAUCGGGCGAUCGAGGCGCGCGUGGCAGUGAAUGCGGACACCAGCAACCUGCUGCGCAUUCAUCCCGGGUUCCGCAUUGUUGCUUUAGCGGAGCCUCAACAGCGUGAAUCCGGCGUCGGUGCCGCCAGCGCCGCCUGGAUUGGACCGGAAACUCUCAAUCUCUUCCUCUUCCACGAGGUUCAAGGUCUGAGCGAGCAGGAAGAACGUACCCUCCUCAACACGCUGUAUGGGCCGCUCGACCCAACGAUGCAAGCGAUCAUCGACCUGGCGCACCACUUGCGCACCUCAAAAGAUCCGAUAGAGCGCUCGUUGGGAGCCAAUUUGUCGACGCGUCAGCUGCUCCGCAUCGCCCGGAGACUCCAAAAAUAUGGGGAGCGGGCAGCGCAACGUAACGGCUCCGACAUCGUGCAUGCCACCUUUCUCAGCCAGUUCAUGCCCAAUCUGGCGCGCACCGUCCUCGAGUCAGCCAUGAAGCGCUCCAAGCUGGUUAAGGAUGCACGCACCGAAGAGGACCCCCUGGUGGAAGUACGCCCAGAUGGGAUGCUCCGAUUGGGACGAACUGUUACGGAGCGGUACCACACGGAGGAAGUUAGUAAGGUACCGGAUGUACUGUUCUACGAUGUGCCGCAACACCUACGGUUGAUGGAACGAUUGCUGCAGGACUUUCUGUUGGGCGAGCACUUGCUGCUUGUCGGCAACCAGGGAGUGGGUAAGAACAAAAUCGCCGACCGGUUGCUGCAACUGAUGAACCGUCCACGAGAGUACAUCCAGCUGCACCGCGAUACGACCGUCCAGUCGCUAACGCAGCAGACGACGGUGCGUGACGGACGGAUCGAGUACGAAGACUCGCCACUGGUUAAGGCGGUCCGGAACGGCUACGUGCUGGUCGUGGACGAGGCGGACAAGGCGCCGGUGCACGUGACAUGCAUCCUGAAAAGCUUGGUAGAGAACGGCGAGAUGCUACUCGCCGAUGGGCGCAAAAUAUGUCCUCCUUGCCCGCCGUCCGACUUGGCAGAUUGCGAUACCGAACAAACCAUUCCCACCCACCCCGACUUUCGACUGGUGGUACUCGCCAACCGACCCGGGUUUCCCUUUCUGGGGAACGAUUUCUUUGCCUCACUGGGCGACCUUUUCUCGUGCCAUGCUGUCGACAAUCCUUCGCCAGACUCAGAGGAAACGCUACUGCGUCAUUACGGUCCCAACGUUCCGACCGCUCUCAUCCGCCAGCUGGUCGAUGCGUUCGCCGAGCUACGCGGUAUGGCCGAUGCCGGCACGCUUCAUUAUCCGUACUCCACCCGCGAGGUGAUCGCGAUCGUGAAACACUUGGAGCGCUUUCCGAACGAUAGCAUGGCUGAGCUGAUCGGCAACGUUCUCGAUCACGACCGGUAUGCACCGGAAACGAUUGAACAAGUGACGGCGGUCCUGCUGAAACACGGGCUUCCGAUCGGAGAGUAUACCGAAGGUAGCGACGCGUUAGGAGCGUUGCGUCACCAGCGCCCGCUGCGGCUGGCGUUGAAAAACAGCCGGAGCGACAAGAAGGUCACGGGCCCGAAACAGGGUCAAAUCGACCCGAACAAUGAGCCGCACGUGGGCGGCAAUAAGUGGAUGGGUGGUACGGGCGGGCGCGAUACGGCAGGCCUUGGUGGAAAGGGUGGCCCGUACCGGUUCGACGCGGGCCACCAAGUGCACCAACUGUCGGACGAGGAAAAGGGAAUGGUGCCAGAGGAAGUGAAAAAGGCGGCCCGCGAAAUGAACCGGAAGGCUUUCGAGGAACGGUUACGUGAAAUUCAGAUGACUCCGUACGAACACCGGGUGUACGAGCAGUACAGCGGGCCGAUACGGCGUCAGGUGCAACAGUUGCGUAUCACGCUGCAGGCACUGGAGGCGCGGGCCCGCGAGCGACAGUGGCAGAAGCAUCAGACAACGGGCGAACUGGACGACAGCCGGCUCGUGGAAGGUAUUACGGGCGAGCAGACGAUCUACAAGAAGCGGGCGGAACAGGACCCCGAACCGGGCCAGCCGAUCGAACGGCCCAAGCGCCUUCAGCUUGUGGUCGAUGUGUCCGGCUCAAUGUACCGCUUCAACGGGUACGAUGGGCGACUCGAUCGGCAGCUCGAGGCGAUCACGAUGGUGAUGGAGGCGUUCGAUGGGUUCGAGGCCAAGAUCCGCUACGAAAUCGUCGGCCAUAGCGGCGAGGCGGUCGCAAUUCCAUUCGUGAGCGAACGGAACCCACCGAAGGACGACAUGCAGCGGCUCAAGAUCCUGAAGAUGAUGCACGCUCACGCCCAAUUUUGCUGGAGCGGCGACCACACGCUGGCCGCGACUGAGCAGGCCGUCAACAACAUGGCGCGCGAGGAUUGCGAUGAAGCGAUCGUAAUUGUGUUGAGCGACGCAAACCUCGCCCGGUACGGCAUCUCUCCGAGGCACCUGAACGAGGCACUCGGUCGUCAAGCGCCCAAAGUACGGGCUUUCGUCGUGUUUAUCGGAAGCUUGGGUGACGAGGCGCAAGCGGUCGCUGAUGGUAUGGCGGCCGGCCGGGCAUUCGUGUGCAUGAACCUCGAAGAACUGCCCCAGAUUAUGCGUCAAAUCUUUGCCUCUUCGCUACUCAUGCAUUAAGCUUGCAGGCACAUGGCUGGAUGCUGGCAGAGAGCUGAAGGAAUUAGUAAAUUUAUGUUACAGACGUUCGUGUAGUAUACAGACAAUUACGUUCCCAGACUGUUACUGUUUUUAUUUCGCAAAUUUUUACAAUUCUGCUUGAGGGCAAAUGCUCUUCCGACAUGCUUUUGAGUAGAUGUGCCGAUUUUUUUUCCCGGGGGGUUAAAAAAACCCAAGGGUAUCAAGUAGUUCUCUUUCCACGUUUCGGGUAUCUUUUUGUCUCUUUGUUUUUAAGGCCCACAUGUUGAACAAAGGGCCCUGAUAAUCAAACAACCGUUUUUUUUAAUUAUUUCGGUAACUUUUCGAAUAUGCCAGUCAUUUUUUGAAAUUACAUGCCGCUUGGCAUCUUCAACGUCUUCCCUGCGCUCGUUUUUAAUGAUGUUUUUCGGCGCGAGCAGGUUUUUCAUCUUUGUUACUUGACGAUCGCAACGAGAUUGUGCGCAGCAGUAUGAAAUGCUUACUCGAGGGGUCAAUGGAUAUAAAUAGAUCAAGAAAUAUAAUAGCUCUGUUCUUCCUUAAAAUAACAGUCUGGAUCCGUAAUUGCCAGAGCUCGUAUACCGUCCACCUACGUUAACGAUUUUAGUAGAAGAACCACAUUACUGUAUCGCAUAUGUUAAUAAAAAAU